AUGCGUUCCUCAGCCGUGCUCCUCACACUCGCUCUUCAAGCUACUAAUGUAGUCUCUCAUUCUCCAAAUUCCUAUUCUUUUGAUCCAUUAGAGCAUCUGGCUGGAACCGCACCUCCAUUUGAUCCUCAAGAUCCACAAACCGACCCUGCUCCUCCUCAAGGGUGCAAUGUGACUCGAGCUGCAUAUCUCGUCCGCCAUGCCGCAAUAUAUGCCAAUGAUUUCGAUUACGAAGAAUACAUCGAGCCUUUUGUGCAAAAGCUAGCAAAUACAUCAGUGAACUGGGCGAGCAUUCCAAGCCUUUCAUUCCUCUCCACAUGGCAAGCUCCUAUCACCGACCCAGAAAUCGAAAUGUUGACAAGGUCGGGCAAAUUGGAGGCUACAAACCUGGGCGUGGACAUUGCGCAAAGAUAUCAAAGCUUGAGAACACCGAAUAAGAUAUGGACAUCCACUGCCGAGAGAACUGUGAAAACUGCGCAGUCAUUCUCCCACGGACUAGCAAAUGAUGCUUCUGACAUCGAGAUCGUUCAAAUAUAUGAAGGAAAGAACGAUAGUGCGAAUUCUUUGACUCCAUACAAGGCUUGUCCGGCAUACAGCUCCUCUGCUGGAAACGAACAGUCCAGCCAAUUCCAGGAGAUUUAUGCUAAGCCUAUAACCGCACGUUUCAACAGUCUGGCUCCAGCUUUUAACUUCACUGCUGAUGACGUUUAUGGAAUGUCCCUCCUAUGUGGUUAUGAGACUGUCAUCCGCGGCUCAUCUCCCUUCUGCGAUCUUUCCGUACUUUCACCAACUGAUUGGCUCGGAUUUGAAUAUGCCAACGACAUCCAAUAUUUCUAUAACACUGGCUAUGGAAAUGAUGCUUCAGGUGCAAUUGGUUUCCCUUGGGUCAAUGCCACAUUUAACACGUUGAUGACGGAGCAAAACAAUGCAUCAAAUGCAACCACCGACCAAGAUCUCUAUAUCUCAUUCACUCACCGAGAACUUCCACCAACAGUUAUUGUCGCCAUGGGUCUCUUCAACAACUCCGCAUAUUCGGGAGCAAAUAACAUUAAUGGUACUAUGCCAUUGAACACCAUCAACUACAACCGCGCCUGGAAAUCCAGCGCCAUCCUUCCAUUUUUAACAAACGUCGCUAUUGAGAAAAUGGAAUGCGACAGCUUUGGUUAUGAUGCCGGAACAUAUUACAGAGUUCUGGUGAACAACAGUCCUCAGGAUUUAGUAUCAUGUACUGGAGGACCAGGAACAAGUUGCAAGGAGGAAGAUAUUCAGGAUUGGUUGAAUGAGAGAGCCGAGGUCGUGGGCUCUUUUGUUGAUGUUUGUGGUGUGGAUUAUAAUAAUGGGACGGAUAUUUUUAGUAUUUAUUAA